AUGGUUGGAAGCAUGAAGAUGAGAGGCAAAACCGCCGCGAUGGCUAAAUCCGCGACGGCCCAAAGCCACUCCACCCACGGUCCCGCAAUCGACAUGGUGGCACCACCACCUCUCACCACUGCACCGGCCACUGCCGCCGAACAUGGUGGAACCUCUCAUCAAAGUGGGCUUGUUACCACCGCUGACUUAGGCCCGGUCUUGGACCAACUUCAAGCGUUCCCUCCAUUGCCUCCACGCUCGACACAUGCUCCUGCGCACACCUCCAAUGAAACCCUAGCCAGUGUGCAAUUGGGCUCCACACACUUUUCUCCUCCCGAUCCACGAAGUCAAGCAGACCUUAGUCUGAGAGUUGACCAGCUAGCUCAGAGAAUGGACGACCAAAGCAAUCUGAUGAGGCAACUCCUCCACCAAAUCGGCUUGGCUCAAAACCUUGGCCUUGGACAACUGGGCGAAGAGAGAAGGACAGACGAAUGCACCGGCAGGCAGCUCAACGGGUACCCAGCAGGUCGAGCAGGAGUGGGCAAACAAGGCGAGGGACAACAACUUGAUCGGCCUACCGACAUGUCACAAGCAUCUGCGGGCCCCUCUCGGAGCAGAUUAAGUUUGAGGAACAACAUGCGCGAGAGGCUAGGCCCACGACUUGACGUCCACGCCCGCUUGGGCCCGCAGGGAAAUGUACUUCAAAGGCUAGGCCCCCAGGGAGGUCAGCCAGACAACCAUCGCAACGAGGAUCGUGAAGAAAGACGCUCAGCUGUCCAUUCGUAG